CGGCAGUAGCUAGAACUUCGUAGUGAUGAACGAGAGGGCUAGGGCGCUAGAUUCAUAACAAAUUUGUGGAAAAAUUAUACAUUUUUGAUUAAAGUGUGUGUUUAUUUACGAGCAACAGAAAAAGUUAAUGAUGGAAAAGAUUUCUCGAAAACUUGAACAAUCCAAAGGAAAUGCUUUUUUACUUCACCAGGUGUUUAGCGAUGUGGAGCAACAAUUAACAAACAAACUCAUGGAACUAGAUCGUAAAGAUGGUGAAAAAAUUAUUGAAUUAACUUUCUUGUGGAAUCAUUGUGGAGACCCAGACUACGCAGUUGCUUUUGAGGCCAGCCAUGCUGUUCUCAACUUGACCCUUAACGGACACCUUGGAAUACAUGAAAGUAUUACUGCAUUACUCUCAAGUGCUUCCACAGCCAGACAUUAUGGUCUCUUGACUGAUACUGUUGCACAGUUAAUGCUUCGAGGAUCAUAUCAGGGAGGACGACAUCCAUUCAUUUCGUUGUACGAAAUGCAACCUGAGUCUUGGCCUUACAUAAUGCAACAAAUCAGCAACAUCAUUUCAUGUGGAAUUUUUGAAGUUCAAGCACUAAAGGAAAUUAAACCAUUUGUGAUUUACACUUUAUGCCAUGGAUGCUAUGAAGCACGUACUUCUCUUCUGUGCAUACUUGUAGGAAAGUUGCAUGUUGGAAAUAAUCCAUUAAUCGUUGAUUGGUUAUUGGAAACUUUGGUGUGGCAGCAUCAACAGAAUCAUGAAAAAAUCAGCACCAACUUCCACCUUGUGUGUGUACAGCAGUUGUGUGAAUAUGCUAUUACACAUAAAGGUGAAGAUGAUUUAGCUAGCAUAUUAGCUAUCCUCUUAACAUCAGCCAUGCAAACAUGUCACAACAAAUUUGGAAUCGGGAUUCACCACUGUGUUUUUUUGCUGAAACAGCUCGUCGACAACUGCGCAUUAGAAGUGGAACCAAUCGCGGUGAUGGUAGGUCAGUUUCUGAUGGGGUGCCAUGCCAACUGCUAUGAACCUCUUUUAGAUCUUUGCCGAAGCCUUGCAAAAAAGCACUGCAACUCGUACGUCUGGGGUAUACUUCAAUGUGCGAUCUUGCCUAUAUUCCCGUAUUCAACCAAAUUGGAAUCGAGUGUGAUGGAAAUUGUUGAGUCAACACCAACGCCGUUUUUGACAUCCGAUAAGGCUACACCGGAUAGCAUUAAGUCAACGCGGUAUAUUCAUCAUUUGUCUCGUACGGAGCCGAGCAUACAAAUAGCAUUAGCUACAGCAGAACUCGCUAAACGCCUUGAGCAUCAUUCGCCACCAAAUCUUUCGGAUUCUUGUCGGUCAUGCGAUCGCUCGUCGUUAACCGAUGCAAUAUUUUUAUUGAAUUGCGCUGUAUUUUGGCGUUCAGGGGACAUUUCUGCAUUAGAAGCUGCUAUCGAAUACGUUUCGUCCACAAAGUUGUAUGCAAAAUCGUUGCUUACACUACUUUUGAAGAAACUAACUGCACCUUCAAACGGAAAAGCAAAACUUGCCAUUCUUUAUCAUCUCCCUUCCUUAGCAAUAGACAAGACCUGCGUACCACGAGUGCUCCAGAUUUUUGAGGCCUUGUCUUCUAGCCCACAGCUAAGACCUGUGAGAACUCGAUUACUUGCUGAAUUGUGGAAAGUAGAGGAUCGUGUAUACCCGUAUUUGGAGAAAGUUUUGAAUACGGACCAACAACAAACAGAAGAAUUCCUUAUUGCGAAAGCGACAGCAAUUGACAUCAUAUGUAAAAAUAGAUCAGACAAGUAUGGGGCGGAACUGCUAUCCAUAAUUUCGGAUUUGCUCAACUCUUCUCUUGGCAAAAUAAGCACUGUCAGCAGUGCCACAAUUGCCACUCUGUCCCUCCGCAGUCUUAUAUCGUUGUGCCGUGCCGAAGUUGUUGAUCUAAAAUCCGUAUGGGAUCUUCUAGCACCAAAACUAAAUCAGGAUAAUCGAACGUCUGUAGUAUCUGAAGUGUGCCAUUUACUUGGACUGACAGCCGAAUUGAGGAUCGACAAUGAGGAAUAUGACGAAUUUAUCCACCAAGCCAUAACAACAUUGUUUAAAAUAUCCACCACGGCGAGUUCACCGGAAGUACGUUGCAUAGCGCUCAGAUCGCUAAGUCGUUUUCCCAAGAAAGAUUUCAAUUUGAAAUGCAUGCCGGAUUCGAGCAAGGACGAUUUGAAAGUGCCUGCGAAAUAUCUGCCACCUGGUAAAACAGAAACGGUCAUUAAAGCUGAAGAUGUACUCGACUACCUUCCUGGCCUAUGUUGGAUGAAACUUAUGGAUUUCUAUGAUGACGAAAUUGUAAUGAAUGGUUUCGCCGCUCUGCUGUCUCAUCUAAUCGAAGAAGAAAUCCGGUCUAUGCCGAUCUGGAUUUAUAAAAAGGCAGCUAACGAUGCCACGAAGAAAAACGAACCACCCAACUAUUCUUCUUCACUGAAAGAAGACAGUGUCCUGGCGGCCUUGGUAGUCUACAUACAGCGAAUUUGCGAAAUCAAUUCAGUCAGUCGAGUGCGGAUGUCCGUUGCCUUUAAAGUGCUUACAGGACCGUUUGAAAGGCCUUUACCUCCGCUUAACUGGAUGUCACUUUUGCCAAUUGCGCAGCAAUACGAUCUGGAACCGGAGUUCAUGGAAAUUGUGUUAAAUCAAGUUCCUCACUCGUUUUCCGCCCAGACUAUUGCCGAAAAUCUGUUCAUCAAAAAUCCUCUAGACGGAAAAUCAGCCGUAGUGGCUCUUUCGUACCUGGGACCUAUCUGUAAGGCGCUGCCGGUAAAAUCUGUGCAAGAUUUCCUUUAUGUGGUGCUGGACAAUGAACAAACGCAGAUUUCAGGAAUCUUAACUCGAUUACGGCAUUCCUUAAAUACGGCUGAUCAACAAAUCCCAGCUGAAGUGAAGGAAACUAUUGCCAAUAUUCUAGUGAAACUGUUUCCAAUUCUAGCUGAUGAUUUCCGAUCUCUGAAACAUUUUGCAAGUUGUUUUUGCCUAGUUUCUGGCGCGCACCGCCCAUUAUGCGCUCCGUCGAAGAGCACAGCUAAAAAGUUGAUUGCAACGCUUCUCUUUGCCUCAAACGAAUCCCACUCUAAAACGGCUUUAGAAUUUCUGCUGAAAGGAUUGCAAGUUGCGCUCUAUUUACCUCAGUUGGACAAUGAAAUCGUGGAACUUGUUCACCAGUGUAUUGGUGCGAAUUUCAAAUCGUCGCACAGCUUCCUUUUGCAGUUCCUGUCGUACAUUCAACUUACUGCGCUGAAACCUCUUGGUGAAGAUCAGAAUUUUCUUAAUCUGAUGGAUAUAUUUGCUCUGGUCGUGGCCGUCAUGUCUGAUACGCUAGUGUUCCAUCGCCAACUGAGCAAGGAAGGUCAGUUCACGAAAUUAAGAGAAAAUCUUUGGGAAUAUUUCUCACUUGGCAUGAGUCAUCUAUUCGGCCAGCCACAAUGGGCUGUAGUCAAGAAAAACAUGCAAGAUUGGAUUUUGACAAUGUUAGGCAACGAAUACGUGAAUACUGAGCUGAGAGGCAAACUUCUGAACGUUCUUCCUUCCACAAUUGGCAUAGAUAAAGAAGUUUUUAUUCGAAUCGUGGCAAUUUGAAGAUUAAUACUCAUUUUAACCGUACGAGAUUCCAACGAGACAGACAAAAUUACCGCCAUCCUGGAAUUAGUGGAUGCUGUCUCAGGUUCCCCAACGGUAUUCUGACGUGCAAGAAAAAAAGCUAUUUGAAAACAUUU